ACGCUCCAGGCUGACGAGUCGUCUACUCCCGCCGUCGUGCCGCCCUCGGCUCGUCGCACGCCGAGUCGGCACCCAUGCUCUCGACUGCGUCGGCACGACGCCCUGCCCCGGUCGCCGACGCUCGGCGCGCCCGACGUCGAGACGGGCGUCGCAGGUGGGCGGCCCAAGAGCGAGGGUGCGGGCGCGGUCGGGCCCCUCGAGCGCGCCAUGGACGCCCUCUCGGUCAACGGCGGCAGCGGCGGCGGCAGCGGCGGUAUGGGAGGCGGCACGCGCAGCCUCCACUCGUCGCCGCGCAUGACGGCGCCGCAGGUCGUCGCGCCGCAGCCGGUGCACCCGCCGCCCGUGCCCGAGGUCGGCUGGGCCGAGGGCAGCCCGCCGCCGCCGGUCGAGAAGGACCUCGCGCCUGCCGCGACGACGACAGGCGCCAGGCGGGCGAGCUUUGACGGGUCGUCGUCGUCUGCGGCGGCGGCGGGAGGAGCUGGCGCGAAGCCGGCGUUCGGGACGAGCAUCUGGGGCUGA